GACACAAUUCACCCAUUGCUAAGUGAAAACGCAGAAAUGCGAGCAGGGAGAAUGGGCCAUAACUUGUCGAACCCCGAGGACCUUUGCUGGGCUUCUGAGAGUCAGUAGAUAAUGGACCAGUCUAAUGUUCUGCGCCUCUGUGGUUAGUGCAAAGGUAAGAUGCUGGCGUGUUCCGACUGCGUGCUCAAGCGACCGCCCUGGCACUUUCUGUGACAAACAGAGGGCCCGUUUCUCUAGCGAAGGCCAUUGGGGAAAAAUAGGAGGUAGAGCUUUGUGUCUGUUGCUGGAUAUGUAUUUAUGCGCUUCCAGCGCCUUCUCAGGUGGGGCGUGUACCUGGAAGCUAAUGCUGCUUUGAUCCAAGUUUGAAAGGUGGCGUCAAAUGUGAUGCUGGAGAUGUCGGGGGUUUCUUUGAGCACGUUUCACCUGGUGCUUCCCGACUCCUUGUGGCGCUGCAGGGACAGUGCUCGGCCCUCUUUGUUUUCCCUGCUUCCCCUUGCAGCCAGGCGUUUUUGGGAAGAACUGCACGAAGCCGGAUGAUUUAAAAGGACACCUGGAUGUGGCUACCUGCUGGAGGAAGCCACAAAGCAAAGAGGUCUCUACCAGAAAAAUCUGAAAUCUAAGGCAAAACUACUUGUAUUUUCAGAGCGUAAAGAACUGACAUUGGGGAUGUUUAUCUACUUUAGUAGAACAUCUUUUUCUGAUCAGAAACUGUGAAGUGUUUCAUCCUCAUAUCAACUUAAAAAAACCCAAACCCUGGCGAAAUUCUUCUCUCCUCUGACAAGGAGCUGGAGCGUCCCCUUUUAAAACGCUUCAUCCUUUCCCAAGUCUUUGUUGGUGCAAAUGGGAUUGGAAACAAACCUUGGUUCUCUCUGCCACGAGCUUUCCAGGAGUUGGGGCAUGGAGUGGCGGGGGUUGCAGGAAGAAGUAGUGUCUGCCCAGUUCCUUCCAGGAGGAUGCUGGCCUUGCCUGGCCAAGGCGACUCUCCUGGAAGACGUACCGGGUUGUAACGGGCACUUCUGCCAGCAGAGACCACACAUGGCUCCUGCUCCACCUCCGUAAGUAUUGCUCCCAGAAAACAAGGAUGCCACGGAGACGCUCUGGCUCCGUUUCAGAGCCUUUUAGCCUCAAAAGAUUGAGGCCCUUGUUCCUUGCUGCGCCCACCCUGGAAAGACCACCGCCACAUUGUGCACUGCGGAGUGAGCACGGCCCUCCAGCGGGCUGCUUGGUUUCGGGGUCAGCUCUCCAAUGGCUCCUGUGUUACUUCCCGUGCUGUGGGAUGGCCAGCCGGAGGGAAGGCGUUCCAGGAGCAUCCCCGCGUCCUCUGGGAAGGGCUGGCCAACAACCGCUGUGUGUGCUGGGCUGGCGGGUGAGGGGUGCCUGUCGGCGCGGCUGCCUAUGGGGUUUUAGGCACAAAUUCUGGAGGGUGGAGCUGCCGUGGGGAGGAGGAGGUGUGCUCCGGCGCUCAGACACACUCUCGGCUGGGCUUUGCACUCUUUCCAGCCACUUGCUGUUGUGAAGGGAAAUUUUUUUUUUUUUAACCUGACUGGACAAAGUUUUUACUAUACCAGUGACAUUUCCAAGUUGUUUCGUACUUUGAAGAGUUUUAAGAAUUCCUGCCGACGCUUUUCCUGAGGGAAGCCAUGCCCUACCACAGAGUCCUUCGCCUGGUCCUGCUAUCGCUGUGCGGCGUCCUGGUCCCUGCUGUGCUGGCAGAGUACCCGCAGGGCCCGCUCCCCACCCUCUGGAACGAGCCGCCCGAGCUGCCCUCUGGAGCCGGCCCCUUCGAUGCCGCCACCACCACAGCCCGGCUCUCGGACGCCACCGCCUUCCCCCCGUACACCCCGGAGCCGGACCCCGAGGACACCACCCACCUGCACCGCCUGGAUGCCGGGGAUGGAUCGCUGGGGCCCGGAGCUAUCAGUGCCAUUGUCAUCGCCUCCCUCCUGGGUACGUCUGUGCUUGUGGCCCUGGUCGUCAUCACGCUGAGAAAGUUCUCUGCCUCCUGAACUCAAUAAAAGAUUUUUUC